AAAACAUCAUAUCACAAAGCAAUCACAAUGAGAACUCGGAUACUCUUCCGCCUCAUCUUUGCCUUUCUUUUCAUCUAUGGUGCUCACUCUGUUACAAUAACUGUAACAAACAAUUGUCCGUACACCAUCUGGCCCGGAGACUUGACAGCGAAUCAGAAACCUCAGUUAUCAAACACUGGAUUCGAGCUACCAUCCAAAGCAUCUACAUCACUAGAUGUCCAAGCUCCGUGGAUCGGCCGGUUUUGGGCCCGAACCGGAUGCUCCACGAAUGGCUCGAGAAAUUUCACUUGUGCUACUGCGGAUUGUAGCUCCGGUCAGGUUUCAUGCAAUGGCAACAGUGCAAUCCCGCCAACGUCUUUGGCAGAAAUCGAUAUUGCAGCGAACGGUAAACAAGAUUUCUACGAUGUAAGCCUUGUAGAUGGCUUCAACUUGCCUGUAACGGUAGCUCCACAGGGCGGUUCCGGUCCAUGCAAGAGCUCGAGUUGUCCUAUCAACUUGAACUCGGCUUGCCCAACAGAGCUACAAGUGAAAGCGUCCGAUGGAAGUGUUAUCGGUUGCAAGACUGCAUGCAUAGCAUUCAAUCAGCCACAGUACUGCUGCACUGGCAAUUAUAGUACCCCUGAGACAUGCCCACCUACGAACUACUCCAAAUUCUUCAAGGACCAGUGCCCUCAAGCCUAUAGUAAUGCCUAUGAUGAUCAAACUAGCCUCUUUACGUGCUCUGGUGCACCUGAUUACAAUAUCACGUUCUGUCCAUGAAUAAAAGAAAGGAACGUGUAAUUCCUUUCUCUAGGGUACAAAGUCACGGGACUCCUUAAAUGGGGUUUAGCCCUUAUUUUCUUAUUGAUCGCGGAUUUAUGUCUUCGAUCAUGAACCUAAAGUUUAUUAUAUUUAAGUUUAUUCUAGAAA